ACAUUUUUUAUAUAAUUUAAUGUAUGAAAAACUGUAAACAUUGAAUGAGGCUCUCUUAUUACUUAUUACCCUCUCCCUAUCCCACUCCCCUCACCGCACCCACCCAUGCUCUUCCGGAGACGUUGCCUUUCCCUGUGAAAGUGAAAGUAAAUUUGACACUGCGUUUAUGGCGAACCAGUUUUUCGUUAAACUCGGAUUAUCAUCGAACAAUUCACUGUAGGCCUAUGUUGACAAGAAAACCUCGAUAGGUUAUCGACAUAUUAGAUCUUUUCUGUUACUUCUGUCUCAGAGGAUCCUGUCUAUUUGGGGGUUUCGCGCCCAGGAGAAAACGGCACGAUGGGUAGGCCGAUGAUUCAUUCUGCAUGAUUUAAUAUUGAAGAAAUGUUGCUCACCCCCUUUUAUCCCUUCAAAGCUUUGUUAUUUCAAAGGAAAGAGGGCAAACCAGUUCUAGCACGUCCCACACUCAUAGCCUCCGGUCAUAACUUCGAGUUUUCCCAAUUUUUACAGGUGCGCUCAUUUUGCACGUGUGGGUCAUGACUGCUCUCAGUUUAUUGUUGUGUGGUGCUGCACCUGGUGAGUACCUGUUUCUUUGAUUAAUUAUCACUUUCACAUGCUUUAAAAUUACACAUAUCCAUACUAAGUCGUGGCUAAAACAGUAUAAACUGAUCUUUGGUUUCAUAUUUAGGGGAGACCAGGGCUUGUUGUCACACUUUUUACACUCUUAUAUCUUGAAAUCAAUACAUCAUAUAUAAACAAAAUGUGUACCAAAUGAAAGACCAAAGUCUCAGGUAUAUAUUUCAUAUUCAUGUCAUUUUCAUAUCUCAUAUCAGUGCAGAGUUACAAGCAAUCUCCUUUAAACCACUCUUUUUUUUCUGUAAAAACAAUAUCAAAACUUCAAAGAUAAUUGCAAUGUGACAACUUACCCAUGUGACAACAAGCCCCGGUCUGCCCUCCUCUAAAACAGAAAACUACAAAAGCUUCAGCUUAACCUACGUUAUUUUUUGUGUGUUUCAGUUUCAGAAGGCUUUACAGUUCAUGUAACACCUACAGUCUCUGCGCCCCGAGGCCACACAACCACCUUACCAUGCUGGCUCAAUCCAGCACAAAGUGCGGAGGCUUUGGAGGUACGUUGGUACCAUCCCAGCAGCUUUGACUCUCCGGUCCUCUUGUAUCGAUCCAACAACUUUGAGGAUGCAUCUCAGGUUGAGUCAUACAAAGGCCGAGUGUCAUUUGGUCUGAAGGAUGCAGCAUCAGGUGGUCUGAAGAUGGGUGAUGUAAGCCUAAAACUGGAAAAUUUGACAAUUGAGGAUACAGAGGUUUACACCUGUUAUGUCAGCAGUGAUCAGGGUUAUGACAGCGCAAGUGUUAAUCUCAUCGUGACUCGUGAGUAUUAAUGAACCAAACACAAAAAAAAUGAAUGCUUUAAAAAUAUUGUCUCCAGUGUUUUUCAUCCUCCUUCAUCUGACUCCACAGAAACAGGAACUUCCCCUCUUCUAUCACCUGUGUGGACAGAAGACAACAAAGUGAAUGUGAGCUGUGUGUCUGAAGGCUGGUAUCCUCAGCCCAGUCUGCGCUGGUCGGAUUCAAAGCAAGUUCUGCCCUCCAAAAACACAAAGUUCAGCAAAGACUCUUCUGGUCUUCUAUCAGUCCAAAGCUGGGUUGUGGUCUCUGGCUCUGAACAGGUGUCCUGCUCAGUUGGCCUCUCUGGUGCAGAGACAAAGGAGGCAAGAGUACGCCUUGGAGAGCCUAAAGGUGGUAAACAGCAGAAAGAUUUAUGUCCAUGAGUGCAGCUGUUCUUUUUGCUCCAUUGUUAACAUUUCCUCUCUUUCAAUCAGAGGCGGGAUCCUCACCUGCUGGCUGGGUGGCUUUCGCACUUCUCCUCAUCGGUGCAUUAGUUGCACUAGCAGUGCUUUACUUCAAAAAGAGAGGUAAUGAUUUUUAAAAGCAUGUUUGUAAUCAAUGUCUAUAUUUGUAGUUUGCAUUUAUAAGAAAGAUGAAUAAAACUGACAUGAAUGACCACAAUGAUCCGAAUCAAAAUUGAGAAACUCAAAGAGCUUUAUGGUGGAAAACAUUGUUGAUUACUUGUGAAAACUCUCCCUGUAGUUAAGCUGCUCUCGUGAUGAAUUUCAAUCAAAAAUACGAUCAAAAUGAUGGCUUUAAUAGGAAUUCAGUUGCAACACAGGAUUACACUACUACAAUUACUAUUACUAAUAAUAAUGAUAAAAUAAUGAAAUAAUAAAAUUGGACCUAAAAAUAAAACCUGCAGUACACUCCACUUGAGGAGGCGUAUUUGCCUAUGGUGAUCACAAAGGUUUGAUCUAAAAGUUAUGGCUAAAUCCAGUUUAUUAGUAUCUGUAAUAAUGUAGUUUUUUUUAUUUACACUUUUACAUAAAUGGAUCAAAAAUUAAAUUCAAUUACUUUCCUCAGAAAUCUUUUCAGGGAAGAAAUCAAGAUCAGGAAAGGAUGAGCUUGAUGGUAAGAGUGAUCACUGCAUGCCCACACAGCAUAACUUUCAUGUGAUUGAUUCAAACCGGUGGAAGUUACUUUGUCUCAUGAUGCAAUAUGAUUAAACAAUUGAUUGAAUUGUUUCACUCUCAUCUAAACUCAAAUUCAAAAAUACUCCCACUGAGAAACUGUCGUAUAUGAUAAGAUAGUCAUGGCCAAGACACCGGACUAUAAAUAAGGAAAAGUUGCGUUAAAUAAAUCCUGAAAUUUUCUUUGUUACAGGAGGAUCAGGACAUGGUGAUCUUGAAGGUAAAAAACACACAUUAUGCAAACCUUUGAUCAUGCAGAAAAUGAGUGUGAUAGAUCUAUGAGAAAGAUCUAUCUAGAUCUAUAUCGAAAAUAAAACAGGAUAAACUAUCUUUUCACUGUGCAUCCUUCCUACUAAUAAUCUUUAAACUCUUGGCCCAUUUCCACAGGCUAAGAAUGACAGUACAUUUAAUAACUAGAAAAAAAACCUAAUGUGUAAUAUUAGAUAUUCGUGUUUGCAAAAGAUAACUGAUGAUUUAUUCUCUCCUCAGAGGGCCAGAAACUUUUACCACGAGGUAAGUAGCAACUCUGUCACUGUACAUGAAGUUAAAGCAAAAACUCUUCCCGUGACAAAAACACACCAUAGAGUGAAAAAUAACAGGAAUCAUAAUGUUGAUACUGCUUUACCAACUUCUACCAUUUUUACAGGAGAGGCCAUGCCACCAAAUCUAUCAAGUGACCAUUACGGUAAUUAAGAGUGCGUUUUAAAUAACAUUCACAACUCCAGCGUCUCUCAAACUUCUCCUAUUGAUGUAAUCCUAAUGAUGUUUUACAUUUCCAACAGUUAACGUGACCCUUGAUAAGACUGAGAAUAAAUAUCUCAUGGUCAAGGCUGAUCACUUAGUGAGAGAUGCUCCAGUGAGCAGUUUUCCUGAUGGAGAAAAAGUUACCUGUCUCACAGCUAUCAAAGGAACACCUGGCUUCACCUCUGGAAAACACUACUGGGAGGUUUCUUUGCGGGACGAUACGGUUGGGACCAAAGAGUCCUGGUGGGUUGGGAUUACAAGUGAAACGGCUUUCUCUGAGGACACCAAACCAACUACUGCAAACGGUUUCUUGUUUCUGUCUUCCUCCCCUAAAGAAUCAAAGCACUUUAGGUUUAAUACGGAACCAAUGGUUUUGCUUCCUGUUCAUUCCAGACCAGAGACUAUUGGUGUGUAUUUGAAUUAUGAUGAUGGAGAACUUUCCUUUUAUGAUGUGGGAAAUAAGAGUCUCAUUGGAUCUUUGAAAGCCCAUUUCACAGGUGAAGUUUUUCCAUUUUUUAAUCCUGGCAAAGGGGACAAAGCACCUAUGAAUGUUUUACAAAGAGAUUUAGAUGGCCAAUGUGGUGAUAUACCAGAUUCCCAACCACAGCCCAAUAACAGCAGCCAGCCCUAGAACAGUGGUGGUGAUAAGGUUGAAACACAAUGCCAUCAGUCAGUCAGGUACAUUCUAUUAUUAUUUGUUUGAGCUUUGGUUAAAUGACAAAAUUCACCUUCAGUAACAUGAAGUUGUCUUAAAAACAUUUGAAAAUGAAAUACGAAGCAGAUUAAACCAAAAAUCUGAUAAUCAAGUUCGGUUGGACUACAUAAUAGAGCAGUAUGAACAGAUUUUUGAUCUGUUGGGAAAAUCACCGAAAAUACUUUAAAUUGUAAAAACUAAAAAUACUUUUGAACAUUUUGGAUCUUUUAUACUUUUUACGAUCAGGAUUAUGUUGUUUUAAAAAUUGUUUUAUAAAUUAAUUUCAGUGAUCUGAAUAGUACGUCGUAAGAAUGGUGCUGAAUGUUAAUAGUGUUUUAGUUUUUUGUUUUGUGCGUUUCUUUAAGUAUAGUUUGUGACUAUAAGCUCCCUUUUGAAGCCCAGCAGAGUAUGGUGACUGUUAAAAUGAAAACUCCAAAUGUUGCAUGUGUACAAAGCUCAAAUGAUGAGACGCCUUGGAGUGUUAAUAUGGUACAAAUCGAACUGUAAAUGCUCUCAACAAUCAUUUUUCCCAUUGUAGUUUGUGAUCAAUCAGAUGAGAUAUUUUUAGCUAUCCGGUUGUUUGUAUCUGAACAUGCAGUCUUUGGCAGUUUUUAGUCUUUAUGCUAGGCUGUUUAUGGUUAAUAGUAGUAUAAUUCUUUUGAUUUUUGUGGAAGUAAGCAAAAAGGGAAAAUAUGAAGAAUGUCGACCUCUGCUGGUGACUUAAAAAUUAUGCUUUAUUUGUUGUGAAUGAACUCUCCUUAUACAGGUAUCUUUGUGUUUUUAUGGUUUUUAUGAAUAUAAUCAACUGAAGUUAUCUAUAUAUUUGUGUUAUGUCAAAUGUAAACCCAUUUUUAUUGUUUAUUGUUCUGAAAAACAUUUAUAUAUCUACUGUAAACUAAAAAAAAAAAAAAAUCUUGGACCUACAGUAGGGGACAGAGCGCAUGUCUCAUGAAAUGACUAUUGCAUGUGCUUCAGUGUUUUCCGUUAAUGAUUUGACUUUUUGUUCUAAUUUAAAUGUAACGCUGCCUAAAUGAAUUCAAGUGAAAAUCCUGCUUUUGUUCAAACAACAUUUGAAAAAGGACAGACACAAUCAGGUAAUAAUGUGCUUUUUCAACCUAUAUUAAAGAUGUAUGGUUUCUGGAUUUUUACUUGAUGCAACGUUAGUUCUCAACUUUACAAACUUUAGCACGUUUAGUUUUGGCAACAAGCGUUAGAAAACCGCAAGUUUAUACCUGAAAUGUGGCAGCUGUAAUUUUAGAUUGUCUUACUAUCAACACAACAAUUGUAUCCUGAUUAUUUAUGAUUAAGUGUGUGUACUUUAUAAAGUGUGCCUAUUGAAUAGACUCUGUUGUUAUGGGA